AGGAAUACACGCCUGCUGGCAGAGAAUGUUUCUAUUUGUGGAUCUCUCGAUAGAGAUAUUAAAGAGAUUGUAGCUCUCCAAGAUUAUUUGCAGUAACUGUCCCAGCUACUUGACUUCGUAUUACUAUCCAAAAUGUGUAGGUGGAUUGUAUACGUCGGCGAACAGCCCCUUCUGCUUGAAGAUUUACUCGUCAAACCCAAACAUUCCAUAGUCAAACAAGUCAAUAUCCGUUUCCUCCCCGGGUUAUACUAUGGAUUAGAAGACGGCGACAAGGCAGAGUUGGAGAUGCAGGCGGCGUGGAUUAAUGUCCACGGCUUCGGAGUAGGAUGGUACACUGACACACUCACAGAAUUCGACCCCUCCGUCAAAGGCAUGCAGCCCGCCCAGUUCAGGACUAUUGCCCCUAUUUCUACCGAUCUUGCGUUUAGCCAACUUUGCGCACAUACCGCAUCCAAAUGCACCCUGGCCCAUAUCAGAGAUGCUAGCUUUCCACCCGUUGUCGAAGUUAACAAUCAUCCAUUCAUCUUUGGCAAAUACGCUUUCAUGCACAAUGGUAGUGUCAAUAAUUUCGCAAAAAUCCGGUUCGACGUGAUGAAAAGAAUAUCUGAAUUGCAAAACACUGUACAGACCGAAGCCUUCGUAUCGUCCGUUCCGAAUUCCAACUACGUUUUCAAUAUCCGGGGAAACACCGACACCGAACAUUUGGCUACCUUGUACUUUGCCCACCUUGAUGUCAUUAGAGCUGGGAUCCUGUCAGCGAUUCGACGAGCACGGGAUAUCUCCACUUUCAACUUCCCACAUGGCUUUCAGACUGGUCAGCAACCGCCUCCUUUACACGGAGGCUCUGGUAUCACGAUUCCCUUCAACUUUGAUUCGACUGAUUCGUUACUACUUGCGCUUAUCAACACUAUCACCGAUAUCCACGCAAUUCAACGUCGAUAUCAAGUCGGUCCGUUCACACCUGGUCCGUUUCCUCCUGGCAAGAAUUUUGCUGGUAAUAAAUUGAACCUCUGCAUCACUGACGGCGGAAACCAGAUGCUCGUUUGUCGCUGGAGGGACGCAAAGGACGGUUUUCCUCCGAGUCUUUAUCUUUCGCUCACCGCUGGCCAGAAGCUCAAUAGGAAAUAUUCUCCGGUUUUGCCUGAUCCUCAGGAUUCAGAGAAGGUUGUCGACCCGACUGUCAAAAUUGACUCUGUCAAGGAAUUGGUAAAGAGAUACCGGAAACUGCCCCCCACUGAACAAGGACGUCAUGUUAUUGUUGGCUCAGAGCCUUGCACUGAAUUCGUCGACGAUUGGGGUCUCUUUGAUCAGAACCAGUGUGUGAUCGUCGAUAAACACCACAAAUUGAGGAUCCUCAAUUUGGCGAAAUUCUUCCAAGGUGGUCGUGAGCACGAAUUCGAAAAAUAUCACUUCAGCGAUGUCUUCAACCAAAUAAACUCCGUUGGAAGGACCGCUUCUGCGCCGGUUAUUGGAGUUCCAGCACACUCUAUCGAUCUGCCUACGUCCAAGUCUGAUGCCUACGAAGUUGAAUUGGAUUUGUGAUAGUCUCUGUUUUCUGCGUUUCUCGGUAAGUGGGUAGGUAGCGUAGGUAUCACAAUAUAUGGAGAAUGUAAAAUAUUUA